CCUCAGACCAGCUCUCUGCACUCGGCUCUCAGGUGAGCUCAGAAGGAUCUCAGCCCAGUCCUGCCGGUGUGUCAUGGAGGGAGUGACCCAGGGCCUUCUCCUCCUGCUGGCAGGCCUGCCUAUCUUGGAAGCCAAUGACCUGGUUGAUAAAGACAGUCCCUUCUACUAUGACUGGGAAGGCCUGCAGCUGGGCGGGGUGAUCUGUGCAGCGCUUCUGUGCAUCGCUGGAAUCUUGUUCGCCCUGAGUGGCAAAUGCAAAUGCAAGCAUGAUCAGAAACACAGCUCCUUACCUGAGAAAGCCGUUCCACUCAUCACUCCAGGCUCUGCCAGUACCUGCUGAGCACAGGACACACUUCAUGGCACUUCCUUCACUGGCUCCCAUGCUGUCCUGUCCCCCUUGGGGGCCUUACCCUUCAUGAUGGCGUUUCUCUCCAAGAGUGGGCCCUUAGGCUCCCUUAUGAUUGGGAGACUAUCCAGAGUUUAUUUCUAAAUUAAACUUCUCU